AUGUCGUGGGAAAGAAUCACCUUGCGCGCUGUCCACGGCGCCGCGCCGGCCUCGAUUCCCGUUUUGAUCUACGGGACUGCCUGGAAACAUGAUCGAACAGCUGAAUUGGUGCACCAGGCCCUCAGCGCUGGCUUUCGCGCGGUGGAUACGGCCGCCCAGCCUAAGCAUUACCAGGAAGACCUGGUGGGAGCUGGGAUCCGAAAAGCAAUCAGAGAAGAGACCGUGAGACGAGAAGAUUUAUACGUGCAAACCAAGUAUACCUCUGCCCAAGGCCAGGAUCCGCUCCGUAUGCCUUACGAUCCGACGUCCUCGAUCACCGAUCAAGUGCACGCUUCCAUCCGUUCAUCUCUGCAUAAUUUGCGAAUUCGCGAAGAGGUUGAUGAGGAUGACCAGGCAUACAUCGAUACGGUUCUCCUACAUUCUCCGCUCCCCACCAUGACCCAAACGCUGGAGGCAUGGGCAGCACUCGAGACCUAUGUCCCUCACCGCAUUCGCAAUCUGGGACUCUCCAACUGUACACUGGCCGUUUUGGAAGAAUUGUACAGGUCCCCGCAGGUGCGCAUCAAGCCGGCUGUUAUCCAGAACCGGUUCUACCCCACGACGCGGUUCGACGGCCCUCUGCGCGCCUUCUGCCGCGAACAUGGAAUCAUCUACCAGAGCUUCUGGACCUUGACGGCAAAUCCGCAGCUGCUACGCAGCGCAGAGGUUGCGAUGCUGGCGCAGGAAGCCGGUAUCAGCACGGCAGCUGCGCUGUAUUGCCUGAUCUUGGGGUUGGGACACACCACCGUCCUGGAUGGCACCACGAACGCGGUUCAUAUGGCGGAGGACCUGGCGGCUCCGAAACAAGUGGAGCGCUAUGCGACAGAGCGACCAGACGCAUGGCAGAAACUGCUGGCUAGCUUCAAGACUCUGAUCCGGGACGAUUCUUGA